AUGAUUGGGUACACAACAGCGUUGUUUGCUUUGAUCGCCGCAACAUUGGUCAUUGCUGGCCACGACGAACUGGUGCAAUGCACCCCGGGUAUAUUUCAGAUCAUCGGUAAGGCCGACUGUACGGGCUUCUUCAUGUGCGUGUUUGGGAAAAAAGUCGAGAUGCCGCCUUGUCCUCAAAGAUCGGUGUUCAGCUCCAGCGCAAACGUUUGUGUUCCUAAAGGUUCAAUGUAUGAUGACUGCAAGAAAACAACAGAAGGAAGCGGAGGUCACAUGCCAGUGCUGCCUGACUUAGGGCCUCUAAGUCCAGAGGAACGAUGUAACAUGUUCGGAGGCGUGUUCCCACACCCCACGGAAUGUCAAGCCUUCUACAAUUGCAGUGUCAGUUACACACAUGGGAUUCCCCGGUUCUUCAAGCAACACCUUGUUGAAUGUCCCUACCCACAGUUGUUCAACACUGAGACCAAACAGUGUGACCAUUUUGAAAAUGUACAAUGUGGAAGCAGGACAGAGUUCAAGGAUGGAUGCCAAUACAGAUCCAACCAGUGUCCCGUUGCCCACUGUAGACCCUGCAGUGUCGACCUUCCAAGCUGUGUAGGCAAACCUGACGGAAUAAACGUUCAUCCAGUAAAACUUUGGAGUCCAUUCUACGCCGUAUGCUACAAAGAACGCACGAUCAAAGAGGAGCGAUGCCAAGCUGACGAAAAUGGCCGAACACAAUUGUUCCAUCCGGAAAAGAACGAAUGCGUUUCAUUAGAUAUGAUUCCUCGAGAACACGGGGGAAUGAUGCCCGAGUGCGGUACGAAAGUAGACGGGUUCUAUCAGGAUGAAUUUGGGCGAUGUGACCGAUACGUUCGGUGUCAGGGAGGAAAAUAUAUUGGCACGGUGAAAUGUGCGAUUGGAGAGGUAUUCGAUGGCACAAAAGAAGGCUGCGUUCCGCAAGAGAAAGCAUGCGGACCCUGCGGAAGACUUGACCAUUGGUGA